AUGUACAACCCCUACUUUUCCUCCGGCGAUCUGGGCAACUAUGGGUACCAACAGCCGCAGCAGAAUCAACAGCUGUAUGGCCAGAACUACACGCUUCCACCCCAGGGAACCGGCUACUAUGGCCAGCAGCAGCCGCAAUUCGGCAUGCAGCAGCAGCCAGGCUUGUUCCAGGGCCAGCAGACCGGAUUCCAGCCCCAAUUGCAGCCCCAAUUGCAACCGCAGACGUCGUUCCAGGCCCAGCCCACCGGCUAUGGCGCCCAGACGUUCCAGCCGCAGCAGACGGGGUUUGGCGGUGCUCCGCAGUAUGCCGCUGCGCCGCAGCCGCAGCUCCAGCAGCAGAAGACGGGCUUUCUGUCGGCGUUGGCUCUGGUCAGCCAGAACCAGGAAUUGAAGAUCCCCAACAUGCGCUUGUCGUUCAUCACCGCUGCGGAUCAGUCCAAGUUUGAGAACUUGUUCCGCACAGCGGUGCCUGUUGGCGAAAACGCCAUCUCGGGCGAUGCCGCGCGUGACAUCUUGUUGCGGUCGGGCUUGGCGCCAGUCACUUUGGCGGAGAUUUGGGCCCUCUCCGACACAAACAAGCUGGGGCUGCUCUUGUUCCCCGAGUUUGCCCUUGCCUUAAGCAUGUGCAAUUCUGCCUUGAAGGGCGAUGCGGUGCCGCGCGUGCUUCCCGAGAAGUGGCUGAACGAGGUGCAAAGCUUUGUCGAUGCGAUCUCCUUUGCGGUGCCUGAGGAUCCGUCCAAGGUCCUCGAGAACACCCCGUUUUCUACUCUCAACCAGCAGAAGUCCAGCACCACCGACGACUUUCUUAGUGCCAUCGCACCCCCCUCGACUCUGUUCACUGCUCAGCCCACUGGAUCUUUCCAGGGCUCUGCUUUGCUCCAACAGAGAACUGGUGGAGGCUCGUUGAUUCCAUUGCAACCCCAACAAACAGCGGGUUUCGUGCCUGCCCUGGGUCCUUUGCAAUCCCAACGCACGGGCCCAUUAGCUGCACAAGGCACUGGCUACAACUUCCUGGCUCCUUUGGCCGCCCAACGAACUGGACUGUUGCCUCCAACCACGUUCCAGGCCCAACCAACCGGCGGCUUUCAGCAGCAACCGACAGGAGGGUUCCAGGCACAGCCACAGCCCCCAACCACUUUCCAAGCUCAACCAACUGGUGGCUUUCAGCCUCAAGCCACAGGGCAAUCGCAAAUGCCGGGGUCAUAUUUCCCAUCUCAGCAGCCCUUGCAGCAACAGCUGACCGGUUUCCAACAACAGCAACAAACGGGAAUGAUGCAACCCCAAAGGACCGGCCCGGGUUCUAUGGCACCAUUGCAAGCGCAACCUACUGGAAAGCCGGGAGAAUGGGGUUUUGUUUCAAUGCCAACAGGCGGUCUCCCUGGUUUGAACGCCAUGCAACAACAUUUCUUGCCUUCUUCUCAACUCUCCAGUAACAAUUUGCAAAACCAAAUGGGCGGCACUCUUAAGGACAACGUUGGCUGGGCUAUCACCAAACAGGAGAAGCUGAUCUAUGAUGGUAUAUUCAAUGCGUGGGAUUCGAACCGUAAAGGCUUCAUUGAUGGUGAUGUUGCUAUCUCCAUUUUUGGCAAGUCUGGUUUGUCUCGGCCUGAUCUUGAGACUGUUUGGAACCUUUGUGACUCCAGUAACAGGGGUAAGUUGAACAAAGAUGAGUUUGCUGUCGCAAUGCAUCUUGUUUACCGCCGGUUGAAUGGGCUCGAACUUCCGUUACGCCUCCCUCCUGAAUUGGUGCCACCAUCGUCAAAGUUGCUCCAAGACUCGGUUGAUUCUUUAAAGAACGAUUUGAAGGGCGGUACUGCAUCAAGAAAGAAUUCGUCUGCUUCCAUUACGGCUGCCUCUCGUUUCAAAAAUGAUGAUGACGAUAUCUCGUAUGUUUCAUCUUCUAGAUACAAAAGCAAGCGCUCUGGUGAUUCCGAGAAUACUAGUAGUGUUCCUAACUCAAAUUCCAAUGAUCUUAAAAUUCAGGAUUUGAAAAAAUUGAUCCGUGAGAAGAAAAUAUUGUUGGACGCCGUCAAUCUGGAAGACCAGCACGAAGCAAUUGAAAGACGUAAAAACGAGGAGGCCAGCACUCGUGAAAUCGAGAACUUGAAAUACAGAAUCAAAGAUGUGCAACUCCAACUCACAAAGUUGGGUGCCGGACAUUCAGACCAGGAGAAAUCCUCAAUGUUGCAGACUUUAGAACAUUACACGAAGGAUACUGUUCCUCAGUUGAUCUCUCGCAUUUCAAAGGUGAAUGCUGAAAUCGCAGAUGUCAAGAUCAAACUCUGUGAAGCUCAAAUUAAACAAAAACACCCAUCUUGGUCGCCACAAGAGACUGAAGAGUCGAUUGUUGGCACUGGGCCAAAUGGCCAAGUCACCGAUACCGAUCGUCGUAGAUUCAAGUCGAAACAAAUGAUGAAACAACGUAUGGCUGCCUUGACUGGCAAAACCUUCUCCAAUGGUGGCGAGAAUUCCGAGGCAACAAACAUCUGGAAGCUGGAGGUUGAGAAAAUUAAGGCUGAAUCGGAGAAUCAAUCUCUUAUGGUUCAGGAUGUCCUGGCCAGCAUACAGGAAUUAGAAGAUGGAGCCCUUGUUCCUUUAAGCGUCUCUGUCAAGAGUGAAACCAGUUCUCGCAAAUGGGAGCAAGGAGAAGGCAUUUCUGAUUCAGUUCGUCUUUUUGUCAAUGAGCUCAAUGCCUUUGCAAGACUGCAGCAACCGCAAGCGCAACCCUCGGUCAAGCCCAACGUAAACUCGGUUUCUCCUGCUCCGGUUGAAGCUCAGCAUAGUGCUCCUCAAGCAGCAGUUCCUCAGGAGAAACCAAAAUUUUCAACUCCAGACGAGAAAUCGGCAUACGUCAAGGCAAAUGCAGGCAAGCGUAUGCAAGAGCGCUUGGCCAGAUUGAAGGCAUCCAGAACAAAGUCCUCUACAAACACCCCAACUGUAAGCGAGGCAGUUCCAGUAGCCGAGACUCCAGUUGUGAAUGAAAAAGCUCCCGAAGAAGUUGUGGCUCAACAGCCUGUCUCUCAACAGCCUGUCUCUCAACCCCCUGUUGCGGAGGCAAAAGCUGAGAAAGACGACGAGCUGGAGGAUGAAGAGUACGCCGCAUUGUUGAAACAGAAGAAGGAAAUGGAAGAAAGGAAAAAGGAAAGAGAGCUUAAGCGAAGCCGCGAUAAGGAAGCUCGCUUGGAAAAGCUUAGGAAAGAGAUGGAAGCUUUAAAAGCCAGCGAGAAUAACGAUGAUGACUGGAGUGAUGAUGACCUCAAAGCCUUGAACGCAGGAGCUGUUUCACUGAACAACCCUCAUGCAAGCAAGCCUCCUGUAACAACCUCUGCACCCGUAAAAGAUGUAGCUGUUGAGAGCAGUUCGCCUGUUGUUAACCUGACUCCCGCUACUCUGGGCCAGACGGCUGAGUUAUCGAAGCCAGAACUGGCUUCCCCAGCUGUUCCACAAACCAAUGGAGGCAACCACGACAACAAUCCAUUCGCAAAGAUAGGCGCGAACAAUGGAACUCACAAGAACUCUAACCCAUUCUUCAAACCAACCAACACUGGCAACUCUGCAGUAGACUCGAAAAAGUUGGAAAAUCAGAGGGCUGCUCAAAGAGGACUAGGUCUGUCUGAUUGGAGCGAUGAUGAGGAAAAGUCAUCUGAUGAUGAAGCUCCUAACAGAGCUGGAGCCGCUAAAUUGGCUAGUUUGUUGUUUGGAGGCAUGCCACAACCAAUCUCUAGGAAUCCAACUGGCAAUCCCAGUGGGAUCAAUUCGAGAACAGGUUCUUCUCUGACCUUUGCUCCAGCGGAGCAAGUAGAACUGCCUCAAGUGCCACAGACAAAGUCUCAGGAAGUUGAGCAGCCUUCCUUGCCCCAAGCUACUCCAGAGUCUUCGACUUCCGUGGCUGUGCCACCUGUACCUUCAGGUAUGCCUCCUUUGCCAGACACCAUGCCUCCAAUCCCUCAAGGAAAUCCAUCCGUGCAACCCUCUGUAGGCAAUGAAUCUGACUCCGAAGAUGAAUUUGCUACGCCUCCGCCAUCCAAUCCAGUUGCAACUGCAACUGAGCAUAUUCCAGGUCCUCCUCCUCUUCCAGUAAGCUCAGUUCCACCACCAAUCCCAACAGGCUCGGCUCCUCUUCCACCUCCCCUUCCAACAGAGGCACCACCUCUCCCAAACUUUGCUCCUCCACCACCAGUUGCACCCCCAGCCCCGCCAGCACUUCCUUCUGGUGCUCCACCACCACCAGGCCCACCACCACCGGGCCCACCACCACCACCGACUGGAAUCGCGGCUGGAACGCCUAGUGCACCUCUGGGAGGUAUGCCAAACUUAGGUGCCCUUUUGGGUCAAAUUCAGGGCGGAAAAUCUUUGAAAAAAGUCAGUGACACUGAAAAGCAUGUAUCUGAUUCGGCUGUUGUUGGACGUGUCUUGUGA